AUGGAUAAAAAUACUGUUAAAUAUACCAUCACCUUAGAUUCAUACCCAUUUGCUAGCAUAUUAAACAGCCUUCAAUUAAAUGUCAAUGCUUCAAUCGAUAUUGCAGAUUCAAAAUGUAAAUUAAAUAGUAUUAAAUUAAACGAAGACAAUUGUGUAGAAUGGAUUAAAUUACGUUCAGAUGACAAAUCAAUUUUUGGUAAAUUCAUCCAACAUGCUCUCGUUGAUUAUCGUUCAAUUAAUAUUCAAAACAAAUUAGUUGUCGAACCAACUAUAGAAAAUCAACAUGCUGUUAUUGGUAUUCAAAUCCCAUAUUAUUAUAAAAAUGCAGUAUUAGAUCCAGAUUUCUCUGUACUCAUCGAUGUUGAUGAUUUAUCCAAAAAUAAAGGGUCAUCU